GAGCCGGCAAUAAAUUGUUUUCACAAAGAAUUUUCUCGAGAAAAUCAGCGAGAAAAUUUUCAACUAUCGUGAAGAGCGAGAUCGAGAGAGAUGUACGGGUACACGGGCGUGAGUAGCAAGGGUGGAGAGGUAGACCUUGAAUCAGGGGAGACCCUGUACCCAGGUUUGAGCUAUGGCGAGAACCAGCUCCGAUGGGGUUUCAUUCGGAAGGUGUACGGAAUCCUGGCGACGCAGAUCGUGCUCACCACCAUUGUUUCCUCCGUUACCGUCUUAUACUCUCCCAUCAACGAUCUACUUCGGGGCAAUUCUGGCCUUCUUCUGUUCCUCUGCUUCCUUCCCCUAAUCUUAUUAUGGCCCAUGUACAUCUAUAGGCAGAAGCACCCUCUGAACCUCGUCUUCCUCGGACUUUUUACAACUACGCUUAGCCUCACAGUUGGCGUCAGCUGUGCUAACACUGACGGAAGGAUUGUGCUUGAAGCGCUAAUUUUGACCUCGGCAGUAGUUUCUUCCUUAACUGGGUACACCUUCUGGGCGUCGAAGAAGGGCAAGGACUUCAGCUAUCUUGGACCAUUUUUGUUUACUUCCCUAAUGAUCCUCCUCCUUACUAGCUUCAUUCAGGCAUUCUUCCCUCUUGGUCCUACUUCUACUGCCAUUUACGGUGGAAUCGGUGCGAUUAUUUUCUCGGGGUACAUCAUUUACGAUACGGAUAAUCUGAUCAAGCGCUUUACAUAUGACGAGUACAUAUGGGCUGCAAUCACUCUCUAUCUGGAUAUCCUGAACUUGUUCCUCACCAUUUUGCGUAUGCUGAGACAGGGAGACAAUUAGUUGGACAAAGUUUUCUCUUGCUGAAUUCGGGCUUCCGUGAUUCUGUUGCUUAUUAUAUAUAUGUUAAAAAUAAUUGUUUGUUAAAAAGUACAUAAUACUCUGAAGGACUUCGUGUUGGCUUCUAGUUUUAUUCUCUGACUCGAUGAAGUUUAAUAUUUUAGCCCAAUUUGUGCACA